UUUGAUCGUGACGAAGGAAGGACUAUGUUGUUUUCUGUGCUGUUGUGUAGUUGUUUCGUGACAUUCUUGUCCGUCGGAAGCGAACUCCAUCGCCAUCCGAAACAUUUGCAUCCAGGACCGUUGGACCCGUGGUCUGAAGAGAACUAUGAAGCUCUGCAAGAAAAAUCUGGGGAUGGAGAAAACGGUCCGGUAGGCCCACCUGUAUCAUCCGAAGAACCACACGGGCCGGAAGAAAUAGUCAAUAGUGCAGACGAGCCAGUAGUUAGCGCACCACCAACUGGAGAUGACGACGAACCCAUUGGUCCUGAUCCUGAAGGACGAGAAAUGGAUUCCAAUGCGUAUUCAUGGUACAGAGCUGGAAGAUACAUCGGUGAGAAAGUGAGAUUCUAUUCACAAUACAUUCCAGUUUCACCAGGACCAAAAGGUCCUACAGGUCGACCGGGACCGCCAGGGCCGACUGGAUUAACCGGAGCAACAGGUCCAACCGGCCCUUGGGGACCAACUGGGGCUAUCGGCGGGACGGGUCCUGCUGGUCCGAACGGCGCCGAUGGAAUUCCAGGCGUUCCAGGUAGCGCAGGAGCAGCCGGAGCGGCAGGGCCUCCCGGUGUAAGCGGUUCUUCCGGUGUUCCUGGAGUUCCUGGAGCGGCCGGAGCGGCCGGAGCCAGUGGUGGUGGAGGCGGUUCUUCUUCUUCGUCAUCCGGAGGUGCCGGCGGCGGUGGCGGAGGUGGCCGUUCGUUGGAUUUUUAUCUCUUUGGAGAUGGCCCAGUUGGUCCACCAGCAGUAGAUUUAGGACAUUUUCUGGAUGCUGAAGAACAGGAAGAAACAGAGACCGGACGCAAGGCUUCUCGAAUGGAUCCAUUUUACAAAGCCGGCAGGUACCUGGGAAGAAUCGUCGGCGAUAGAUUCAGAUUUUACUCGUCACAAAUUCCCAUCUCAGCCCCUCCCGGACCUACUGGGGACCCUGGAGUAGCAGGACCUCCUGGUCCAACCGGUCCUUAUGGGCCAACUGGUUCUCCUGGGCCGACUGGAUUAACGGGGCCCCCUGGACCACCGGGACCAGCUGGAAGUGACGGAACGGCUGGUCUUCCGGGAUCUCCUGGAGUGAAUGGUGCACCAGGAGCUGCUGGGACUCCUGGCGGUAGUGGCGCUUCGGGCUCGCCGGGUGUACCGGGAACAAGUGGGGCAGCAGGAGCUAGUGCCGGAGGAGGUUCCUCUUCGUCUUCCAGCGGAAGUGGUGGAGGAGGUGGCGGAGGAGGUGGUAAAAAGUAAUUCGAUUGACUUCAAGGCGAUUUCAUUCCACCACCAAUCAAGCUCAUGUUCUAAUCUAUUCCACGAACUGUGUGCAUAAUUUAUUCUCUAAAGAACCUGACUAAGAAAUAUCACUUUGCACAUGAUUAUGCAAUCACAUUGGAUGUAGGCCUAGUGAAUCAUAGUACGUCAAGAUCUGAACAUAAUUAAUAACGUCUUGGUGCUAAUAAUACCAUAUUUAACUUAAAUGGCUUUGCUUGUAAACUACCUCCAACUUGAUUGCAUAAUACCAGCUAUUCUUAUUUUGAUCCAAUGUUACGUAUGUUUGUUGAUCUUUUUGUUGUUUGUUAUUAAUACAUUUUACCUGUUACUA